AAAAUACGGCUGCAUAUUCCCUAUAGAUAAUUUUACGCAGAACUUCAGAAGUUUCCCAAUUAGUGCGCAUUGAGGAUGGUUUUGGCCGCCCGACGUGCAGUCUGUAAGGCAUGUCAGGGCAUGUCCAGAUUGGAUGAAGUGGCACUGUCUAUCGAUAGCGUGCUAAAGUAUAGGCUCGUGAAAACGAUUUUAAAAAGUGUGCUGAAUUAUCUUCGUAAAACGUAUGGAUCAAGGAGUUACAUCGCUGUCAUGGAUUGUUCUGAAACCCAGUACUACUUGAAUGGGAACUGCCACCCUUGUCUGCAAUGUGGACCAGGACAAGAGCUGUCAGAGGACUGUGGUUAUGGAAGUGGACGGUCGGCUUAUUGCAUCCCCUGUAAUGUCAAGACUUAUAAAGAGGGUCGGGGUUACCACUUCUGCAGAUUCUGCCAGUCAUGUAAACGCAUAAACAGGCAACAGAAGUCAUUGUGCACCUCUAAAAGCAAUGCUGUCUGUGGGGAGUGUUUACCAGGCUUUUACAGUAAGACACGGAUAGAUGGCUUGCAGGACUUGGAGUGCAUGCCAUGUGGUCCCUCCUCCACCACUGAGCAGCAGUGCAGCCGAAGCAGAGAAGUUGAUGUGGAAAAAGUCUGGAGCCCAGAAGGCCCAGCCCAUAAUGCUGCUGUUACCGCCACAAUUUCUGUAGCCCUGGUUACCAUGGCAAUCCUAGCUGCUGCCUUGUUUAUAUACUUCAGACAUACCUUACUAAAGAAAAUAUUUAAAGGAUGCCUGGCUCCUCAAAGCACAAGUCAGAAUGACAUGGAGUGUGCAGCAUACCCAGUUAACAGGGUCACACUGAACCUGGAGCAGGAAGGCCAAGACUCAGGUGCAUGUGAUAACUCUACCACUACUGCAGAAACAUUGGCCAGACUGCAGUCCAAAGUGGACAUGAUUGUCCCUCUGGGGUCCAUUGUACUAAGCCCUGACCUUAAAACUCAGGGCCACAGAUACCUCCUGGAGACCCAGCCGCUGGUGCAGAACUCCACCUGCAGUAACUGCUCAUCUGGGUUUGUCUCUCAGAUAUCCUCUGAGCCGCCCUCAGUCAGUGGGGACGUCCCACUCACAAUGGAGAUCCCUGUGGGUCCAAUAGACAGUGGGGAGUAUGUGGCAGGGUCCUUGUUCCUGCAGAGCAGUGAGGGAUACUGUGCCUCUGAGCUGCAGGAGAGCCCUCUCCAUCAGCAUGUCCCAGUGGAGUGCACUGAGCUAGACUUCCACAGCACUGCAGCCCCAACACUGGACCUCGACAGUACUACAGACCCAGACUGUAGCUCUGUGAGCCUGGGGAUUACUGAGAUAUCUGAGAUUAGGGACGGCUCCUCCGGAGACAGGUUAGGAGGAAGACAACUGAGGAGGAGUCCAUCUGACUGCCCAGAGGAGCAAACUGACAGCUGUUGGAGCAGCCAUCAACAACCCUGCAACAGCAGUCUGGGAGGCAGUAAUGCGAUGGAAACAGUGAGCCUGCUGAAGAAGUGUAUCCGAAUCAUGCAAGGGGUUCGUCUAGGCAGGCUGCCGCAGGCCUUGGUGGAUUCUCUGGCUCUGAAGCUGGACCCAACGUUCCCAGGAGUACAGAACUACCAGCAGGUGGCGCUGAAGAUGGGCAUAUCUCACGAGUUGCUGAAAGAACUGCGCGGGUUUGAUCAGGUCUUUCGGUACCUUUCCUCCUGCACUCUGCUGACAGUACCUGAACUGCUCCACACCUUCUAUCUCCUGCAAAGGCUUGACACCCUGCUCCUGCUGUGUGAAUAUGCCCUGCAGUGCUAUGUCACAGGAUGCACAUGCUAACUGUUGAUGCUAACAACACUUCUGCCAACACAACCUAGAAGGCUGACAUCAACAGGUUAUAAUAUGAUCAGAAUGCGUACUACUAAACUAGAACCUACCUGGACCUGGAACAACAUAACUGCUCAAACUCAGAUGUGGAUGUGUAAACAUUUAGGGGUUCACAGGAAAGCUGUAAAACCUAUUGUUGUUAUUAGAUUAUUUGUUUUCCUUGACAUGGUCAAAUAACGCAAGCAUAGAUUGGUAACUUUUUUUCUAAUUUUACACACAGAAACUAGAGACCUGAAUAACUUGGUCAAAAAUAAUGGCACUGAUUGACCUAUAUGUGGUGGCACUGUUAUAAGCAGUCUCACUUAAACCCUCAUAUCUGCCGCCUCGUUUGACCUAGAGACUUGAAACGUAUCUAGGUGUUGUUCUUCAUACUGAACAAAUUUGUCUCAAGGAACCAUGAGGUCUGUCGGGACAGAUUUUCCUCCAUUUUGGAAAUCCUUUGAAAAAUUUCUCAUGAACCAUAGGUAACUUCUUCUCAUGAAAUUCGGUAUGUAGGCGCAUGGUACAUUUCAUAACUUAGUUUGAGAAAAGCUAAGCGAUUGAUUAAGAGAUGGCAGAGUUAUUGAUAAAUCAGGAAAUCCAAUUUUACGUGUCCAUUUAAAUCCUUUGUAAAUCCACCCCACAAUGGCCUAUCAACUUGAAACUUUCUAGAAUAAUCAAAUACAUUACCACAAUGAGCCAUGCUACACUUGGAAUUGAUAUCUUAACAAUAUGGACACUAUUAACGAUGACCUUUUUUGACUAUGUAACGCUAAACUUAAAAUAAUUGUUAAAAAAAUCUUCUCAUCGACUAAAUGUCAGAUUCACUCCAAAUUAUGUCUUUGGACAGUAGUCCAUAAAGCAGUUGAGAAAAUAAUGUUGGUGCAUUCAAAGAUGGUUGAACUAUACCAGUAGAUUCAUAUUUGAAAUCUAAAUCUCAUGAACCAUAUGACCAAAUGACACCAACUGUCACGCCCUGGCCUUAGUAUUCUUUGUUUUCUUUAUUAUUUUAGUUAGGUCAGGGUGUGACAUGGGGAAUGUUUGUGUUUUGUCGGUUUUGGGUGGUUAUAUGGUAAAGGGGGUGUUGGGUGUAGUGUAUGGGUUUGUGUUGAGUGAAUGUGUCUAGCUGUGUCUAUGGUUGAGUGUAGGUAUCUAGGAAAGUCUAUGGUUGCCUGAAUUGGGUCUCAAUUAGAGACAGCUGGUUAUUGUUGUCUCUGAUUGGGAGCCAUAUUUAAGGCAACCAUAGGCUUUAGCUGUUUGUGGGGAAUUGUCUAUGUAUGUGUCUAUGUUGCAUGGUUUUUGCACUUAGUCAUUUAUAGCUUCACGUUCGUCUGUUUGUUGUUUUUGUUUCGUUUUGUCAUUCUUCUAAUAAAGAGAAGAUGUACUUUCCACGCGCUGCGCCUUGGUCCUCUCUCAGUCCCUUUGACGAUCGUGACACCAACUUUGGAAUGUAGACCCAUGGUGCAUGUCUUAACUUAGUUUCAGCUAACGGAUUGGUCGAAAGAUGGCUGAGUUAUUGACAAAUCAAAAAUCUGAUUUUACGUGUCCAUUUAAACCACUGUAAAUACACUACAUAGUGGCCAAUCAACUUGAAACGUGUCAUCGCUAUCAUAGAUGUCCUUGUGGUAUUGAGAGAUUAACAUGGUAAUGCUUUCACUGAUUCCACAUAAAGGAAGAUAGUUCCUACAUGAUAGGGUGCUUGAUUUUUUUAUCCUAUUAAUCUUGAGUCCUUUCUAUCAUCAAGCCUGGUCAGCUAUAUUUGUAUUUUUUAUUCGGAAUAGAUCAAAUGUUAUUUUUUACCUGGUUUCACAUCUAAUGUAUGUGAAUGUUAAUGUGACAUAAUUUACUCUAUUUUUCAGAUAUUUUGUCAUGCAUCAAAUGCUAUCCAUGAAAAUGAUGCAUUCAUAUUUAAAAUGUUUGUCAGAAGAUACAUUCUUUUAAAUGCAUACUGUACAAACUAUGUUAAUGGCUGUACUGAAUGAAUGAAGAAAAAGUAUUUCAUUUUGUAUUAGUAUUACUUUUUAUACAUGUUUUGGACUUUUGUAAACAAAACUAAAAUUACAUUCCUAUUCAUGGUAA